AUGGUUAUUUCAAGACAUUGGUAUAUAAGGAAACAUGCCCGCUUAGUAGGGUGCUCCAGAACUACCAUUCAAAAUUAUUUGAAGGAAGAGUUGAAAAAAGAACUUCUUGGUAAGAACGUACCCCAGGAAGUGAAUAUCCAUCAAAAAGAACACUGCGCUCUUCUGAGUAAAGACAGUCUUCAGAAACUAAUAAAACGUCCUGAGUUAAUAAAACGGUCUCUGGCCAUUGGUGAAACUUGGUUAUCUCUCUAUAUUGCACCCCGACGUCACCAGCAGAGGCAGUAUCUCUACAAAGAUGAAAUGCCUGAGGUAGCUAUAGCUGCUGACCACAACGGCGCGAAGAGAAUGUUAGUGGUUGCCUUAAAUUAUGACGGAGUUACAUUUUAUUGGCUAUGCCCGGAGAGAACCACAAUAGAUUCUGAUGCUUAUAAAAAUAUUUGGAGGAAGAAAUCCCAAAUUGCUUGCUUGAUUGCGAUUUCCAGUGCCAAAUGA